AUGGUAUACAAUUGGGACGGAAAAGAAGCCGAAUGCCAUAGACUGUACGUCCAAGAAAGGAGGAGCCUCGAUGAGGUCAAAGAGUAUUGGGAGCAGAGAGGGUUCACGCCGAGCAAGCGAGCCUUCCAGACACAGUUCAAGCGAUGGGGAUUUCCCAGCAAGCAGAACCCCGCGCACAAGAACCCGGCCCUCAUCGCCCGCGUCAAGGAACUAUGGGAGAAGAACUACAUGCAGAGGGACAUGGUGGACACGCUCCUGGCUGAGGGCUUCCAGAUCAACGACCGCGAGCUCAUGCGGCUGCGGCUACGCUUCAAGUGGUUUCUGAGAGAAAGUGCCAGCAGAGGCGGGAAGAACAAAGAGAAACAUGAGAAGGGGCCGAAGAGGAAGCUGAAGAAGCGGAAGGGUGGCCCUGGAAAUGGGCGGAUUGGCCAAUUGGCGGAUGCGAUACGGCAGGAGGAUGGCUGGAGUGAGGAAGAGGAGUCGGACCACGAUCGAGAGGAAGAGCAGGAUUUGCAAGGACAGCUGGAAUCUGCAGAAGCAUCGGCACCCGCAGAACACGAGACACACGCCUUGGAUCCGGCCGAGACCUUGCGAAGGCAGCUUCGGCAGGAGCAAUUACAAGUAGAGAGCGACGAGAAAUGGCGGACGCGGAAGCGACGCCGUCGGACAAGAGGUUGGGCUGGCCUCCCCGCCGACGCACCCGGCCAACCUCCUCGAUUUCCCUCCGAGACGACGCUCGACGAAAGCAAAGCUUAUCUUAGUCUGGAUAACAAGCUAUACAAGGAGGUGCGGGAGCAGUUCCAGGCUAUCUGCGAACAGCAGGGCGUAAUCAAGAAGACCGUUGCUGGGCCUGAGAAAUGGGCACAGCUACUGCAAGGGCUGAUUCGCGAGAACGCUCACCUAUCGAGUGUCUUUCGGCAAGAAUCCGAGGUAUUGGAGCAGAAUGACGCCAUGUGGCGGCCGAAGAAUCACAAAGCAUUGUCACUGGAUGUCAUAUGUCAAGACGUCACGAAGCGAAUGCGUACCAUGGAAAGCCGGCUGGGCAUUCCUGAAGCGAAGAACGCGCUUGGUCUCAAUCCUGAGCAGACUCGGGAGGUGAGAGCUGCCUUUAUGGCUAUACUGAAGGUGAAUCACUUCACGAACAAGUUCGAAGCGGGUGAUCAGCAUUGGAACGAGCUCAAACAGCGCUGGGUCCAGGGAUCAGAACUCUUAAGGGGAGUCUUCGCGGGUGGACAAGCGGACCCAAAGCAUGCGGAGAAAUGGAGAGCUGUUGAAGUACUGGCACGCGAUGUCAUGAAGCGUCUGCGUGCUGAGAAUUGCCAGAAAGACCCGUCGAGGAAGCAGGCACACCGAGGCCCAGGUCCUGGACCCGCACCUCCUACGGUCAUCCCCCAUGCGUCGAAUACUCAUCUGAGGAGCCGGUCACGGUCCGCCAACAGAAGUUCUGCACAAGUGAGCAACAGCAUACCCGUCAUCUCCGCGUCUCCCGACCUGCAGAUCGAUCCGUCUCUCUUGCUAGCCGCGAGCGAUGCAUCAAUCUUAACGCCCGCAUCCCACGAACCAUCAUACAACCAACACUCCCACCAACACCAGCACCACGCCUUCCCUCCACAGAAUCCAUACACUUCAAUCUCCCAGCAAAACCUGCCUUCCGUCACCCUACCCAUCUACUUCCGCCUACAUCCGCACUCCACUACGCCCUUCCCCAACAAAACCGUGUGGCUAAGCGUUCUACAAUCUGGAACUAUUUCAGAAGUAAGAGGCCUGGCUAUGCGAGAGCAUCCGGGAACUAUGGUACUGAAGCUCGAGGGGCUAGUAGUGCAUAGAGGCAGUGGAGCGGAAAGAGAGGUUAGUGUGGCGAUUGAUGAUGACGGCGAGUUGAGUGCGUUCUUGGAACAUGUUGGUGCUGCUGGGAAGGCGACAUUUGUAGUGCUGUUGGGCAUGUGA